AUGCCCUGGCUUCCGGUACGAGGGCCUCAGUCUACUGGGAAGACAACCCUUGUAAAUGGUUUGAUGGAAGAAUUCCAAGCCCUGCGCGGUACCAUACCUACCUUACUUCGCAACGGAGGACAUCCGGAAAUCACUAGAUCUGAGCCUAAUGCUUUAGCAACAAAUACUGGCUGCACAAGGGAAGUAGAACACACUGCGCUGGGCAAAAGUCUCUGGUCUGCGAGUGACAGGUCCGCACUCGACCUGAUCGUGUACGCACACACAUAUGCCGGCACAGACGCAGCCAAGAAGAUAACCGAGUCGGGGACAUGGCAGGCUAUCCGGUAG